GGUAAUCAGGACGCCACGGCUCCUCCUGAAGCGAUGGCCCAGCCCUACCCCCCUGCCCAGUACCCUCCUCCGCCGCAGAAUGGUAUCCCCGCUGAGUACGCCCCACCCCCACCACACCCCACGCAGGACUACUCGGGCCAGACCCCGGUGCCCCCGGAGCAUGGCAUGACCCUGUACACACCAGCACAGACCCACCCAGAGCAGCCGGGCACAGAGGCCAGCACACAGCCCAUUGCUGGGACCCAGACAGUGCCGCAGGCAGAUGAGGCGGCACAGACGGACAGCCAGCCACUCCACCCCUCCGACCCCACAGAGAAGCAGCAGCCCAAGCGGCUACACGUCUCCAACAUCCCCUUCCGGUUCAGGGACCCCGACCUGCGGCAAAUGUUCGGGCAAUUCGGGAAAAUUCUAGACGUGGAGAUCAUUUUUAAUGAGCGGGGCUCCAAGGGUUUUGGGUUUGUAACUUUUGAAACUAGCUCAGAUGCUGACCGAGCCCGGGAGAAGCUGAAUGGGACGAUCGUAGAGGGACGAAAAAUUGAGGUCAAUAAUGCCACAGCCCGAGUCAUGACUAACAAGAAGACCGGGAAUCCCUACACCAAUGCCCUUGGGUCCAGCGAGGCACUUCUUCGAGCCCUCUCUGGUCCUUCCCCGUGGUCCAGUGUCCUCCCCGCUGAAGGACUGCCUGGGGGAGGGGGGGAGGGCAAGCCUGACUGGGCCGAUGGGCCCCUGGGUUUUUGGGAGAAAGGAGCUGACCAGCAAGGGUGUUACUCUAUUGUUAUACCAAACAGGGCACUGGAGCAAACGCUUGUUAAAAUGCCAGUCCCGUGGGCGGGGCUGGCACCGUGCCCCCUCCCUCCUCAGCAGACACCGGAGCCGGCCUACCCCACCUCUCCAGCGUUCCCACCACUCUCUUGUCCGUUUGCUUCCAGGGUCGUGUAUCAGGAUGGAUUUUAUGGUGCUGAGAUUUAUGGAGGCUACGCAGCCUACAGAUAUGCUCAGCCAGCAGCAGCAGCAGCAGCAGCCUACAGUGACAGUUACGGCAGAGUCUACGCAGCUGCUGACCCCUACCAUCACACCAUCGGCCCUGCGGCGACCUACAGCAUCGGAACCAUGGCUAGCCUCUGCCGAGGAGGGUACAGCCGCUUCACCCCCUACUAGCAAGAGACCCGCCCCUAACAGCAUUCACACUACUGCCUAUUCCAAACCAAACCCUACAGCCCAAACACCAGGCACAGCCACCAGGAGGACAGUGCGCCCCUCCCGGUCAGCGACCGCGCCGCUGGCCCUCCGCGACUCUAAAGCCCAUAGAUUUUACCUCCAGCCAGCUGGGCUCCCCACCCCGCCCAUGACGGUGUGUGUGUCUUUGACCUGGUUUUCCGUAUGUCUGAACCUUGGUUCCUAUCUUGACUUUGUUGAUGUUGUGCUGCCCAAGCCACUGCAGGUACAGUAUGCACACGGCGGGGGCCAGCUGGGGAGCACAGGCAGCCCCCACCACUAGCAGUAGCACCCAGAGGACGGCCUGCUCCACACAGCUCCAGAAACACUGGGUCAGGCCUCUCUCACAGCUGCCACAGCCAGCCCCCUGCACAGUCCGCCUCCCCCAGGGUCCACCUGGCUCUGCUACACCCUCCCUGUCCCCACUCAGUUGAGGCUGAUGUUUCUAAUUAAAUUUUUAAUGAUGACAUGGUCACAA